CCACCCACAAAAAAAAGAAGAAAAAAAUCGCCAAAACCCUAAACCCUAAAACAUGGAGAUCGACUCCUCAAAUUCUCAUCCUACGAGCUUACUCGAAAAAAUCGUCGUUCCUGGAGAUGUUGUUCUUGAUCUCUCCAAGUUAACGAAUCAGACAAUCAAAUUAGGUGCAGGAUUGCGUCAGGAAUGUGAUACGAUUUCGUCUAUGAAAGCAGGGAAAUUGAGGCACUUGAAGCCAAAUAAAUACUGGAUUGAGAGCUCCGAAAAGAGAUAUGCUCCCUGUGUGGAAGAUGCAAUUCUUGGUAUUGUAGUUGACAGCAAACCUGAUAACUUUCUGAUUGACAUAAAAGGACCUUCUUUGGCAUUUUUACCAGUACUUGCAUUUGAAGGAGGAACUAGAAGAAAUAUACCAAAAUUUGAGGUCGGUAGUCUUCUUUAUGUGCGGGUAGUUAAAGCUAAUAGCGGCAUGAAUGCGGAGCUUUCUUGCACUGAUGCUAGUGGCAAAGCUGCAGAGUUUGGUCCCCUGAAAGGUGGUUACAUGUUCGAGACGUCAACUGGACUGUCACGGAUGUUGUUAAGCUCACCAACCUGUCCAGUCCUGGAGGCCCUCGGGAAGAAGCUGUCCUUUGAGACAGCUGUUGGAUUGAAUGGUCGUGUUUGGGUAAACGCUUCAUCACCAUCCACGGUCAUUCUUGUAUCAAAUGCAAUCAAGAGUUCUGAGUUCUUGAGUGGUGUGCAGCAAAGAAUUAUGGUGGAGAAACUCCUGCAGAGAGUAGAGCAGUGACGGCGAACUGAUGCGAAUUCUAUUGGGUCUUGCAUGUGGAUUGAUUCACGUGAACAUCUUGUAGGAAGUCAAUUAUUCGGGAUAUUUGUUAGGAUGAACUUAACCUGUCGUGUACUUGGUACCCCGGAAAGAGGAAGUAUGUUUUCUAUGAGCGUUAAUUUAUUGUUAGUUUUUAAUUAAUGAUUUCUGUCGUAAUUUAAACGGUAGAUUUGAGCUAUUGCAGCAAGGCACAGAAGAAACAGUUCAGAAU